AUUCCUCCUACCCCUGGCUAUCAUUCUCGUUCCCAAGCUGAGUAAUCGCUACCAUGCUGCUACUGAGGACUGCUCUCCUCACUCUGCUCCUGGUCCCUGGCACCCCUGGUCAGAGGCGGAAGAAGCCCCCACUACCUCUGGUUCCCAUUGACAAAAUCCAACCUCAGGCCAACUUUGACCUUCAUCAGUUUUCAGGAACUUGGCUCCUGGUGGCUGUAGCCUCCAAAUGCAACCAUCUUCUGGAGUCUAGCCACCGGUUGGAGGCCACGUUGAUGCAGGUUGCAGUGUCUGGCCCAGCACUGGCUGUCGACACGUUCAGGAAACUGGAUGGAAUCUGUUGGCAAAUCAAACAAAAGUAUGAGCCCACCCAGCUCCAGGGAAGAUAUCAUCUCCAAGGCCGACGAAGACGCAGCAGUGGUGUGGAAGUGGUGGUGGGGGACACAGAUUACCACCAAUAUGCCAUCCUGUACUAUCAGAGGGACCAGCAAUUCUCCAUAAAGCUCUAUGCUCGGUCCUUCCCUGUUAGUGAUGACAUCUUGAGCAAGUAUGAGCAACAUGUCACUGAUGCCACACUAAGUGAUGACUUCACCUUUUACUUCCCCACCUAUGGGUUCUGCAACUCCUCCCAUGACUUCCAGAUCCUGGAUGAUCAUGCUGCUCUGUAGUCCUGCUUUUUGCCACACAAAGUGAAAAGCUGAGUCGGAAUGGAGAGACCAGAGCCUGGCACGGUGCACUCUUCAGUGAGAGGGUGGAGGGCUUGUCAGCUGCUUCCAGGGCCUCAUCAUGACUACUGUCCAUUCAGAGAUCAGGGCCUGGUUCCCAGAAGUCUGGAAUUGGUGCUUUCUCUGGACCUUUGACCCCACUAUUUCCCCAAUCCUCUAACCCAAUGACCUCUGAUUUUGCUGACCCCUGACCCUAGCAGAGACUUUGAUUUCCAGGGGUCUGCAAUAGGUUUCAGAUUCUUUGGCCGGCCCAAUGUCUGAAAGCAUUUCCCAAGUCCACAAAGGCACCUAAGAACUGGUGAGACUGGAGUGUAAGAGAGUGAUUUGUUUUUUCAUUAAAAUUGUUCCUGACCAAUCUGA